CUCCCUCUUCUUCAGAGAACAACGACAAAGCGAUGACCUCUAAAGGCAGCGGGACGAUAGAGGUGGCGGCGCUCGGACGGCCUUUCAGCCUCGGGAUGUUGUACGACUGCCGCAACGACUCACUCGUCCCUGGAAUCACUUUGUGGGACUGUGAUGACCUUAAAAAUCAUAUUAGAGAAAUACAACAAAAAUAUAAUAAUUUUGAUAUAGUUGCAUCUGAAUCAAUUGAGGACAAAUCUUCAGCCCUAAAGGUUGAAGCAUCACUGAAGGCAAGUUUCUUGUGUGGUCUGGUAGAGGUUGAAGGAUCAGCCAAAUACCUGAACGAUACUAAGACUUCCAAAAAUCAGGCCAGAGUAACACUGAAGUACCAAGCUACCACGAAGUUCCAAGAACUGUCCAUGAAUCAUCUUGGAGGAGAAAAUGUUAAGAAACAUCAGUUUGUGUUUGAUCAAGGAAUAGCAACACAUGUAGUCACAGGUAUCCUUUAUGGCGCACAAGCCUUCUUUGUCUUUGACCGUGAGGUGUCUGUCAACGAGAACCAUCAAGACAUUCAGGGCAACUUGAAGGUGAUGAUCAAUAAAAUUGGCUCCCUUUCAAUAGAUGGUGAAGGCUCGCUGAAAAUUGAAGACAAUGAAAGAAAAAACGUUGAGAAAUUCUCCUGCAGAUUCAUUGGCGACUUUUUCGUUCAAAAACCUCCGACAUCCUUUCAGGAGGCAGUAGAGGUGUACCAAAGUCUGCCAAAGCUGCUGGAGGGCGGGGAAAACGCAGUACCAGUGAAGGUCUGGCUGUUGCCACUGACAUGUUUAGAUUCUACUGCCGCUCAACUUGUCCGUCAGAUAAGUAUAGGAUUAGUUCAAAAAUCUCAGAGUGUCCUGGAGGACUUCAGUGACCUGGAAAUGAGGUUCAACGAUGCACUGAGAACCCAAACUGCACAGCAGUUCCCACAGAUUGGAAAACAACUCAAAACCUUUAAACAGAUGUGCUCUGAGUUCAAACUGGAAUUCCAACAAACCCUGGCAAAGAAACUGCCAUCAAUCCGAGGAGGAGGAGAAGAAGAAGCUGUGCUCGCAGAGAUCCUGAGGAAGACAUGUUCUUCUCCUUUCAACAGCAAAGAACUGAACGAGUGGAUGGACUGUAAGGAGAGAGAAAUAUACACUGUGAUGUCUCUGACCGACAUGAUGACAAACACCAAGAUCAUUUCAUCUCAAACAGACCUGUACAAAGAAAGCUUCAAAGCAGAGCAGGCUGUGUGUUUUGUCUUCACCUCGCUGGGAAGUGAUGAACCGUACCUCUCAACUUUAUCAAACUACCUUCAACAAACACCCAAACCAGACGACGCUCAAGAUCCACAUACUCCAGAUCAAUGGUACAACUCAAGAAAAGAAAUGGAAGCAAUGCGGCAUAAAGCAAAGCUCUUCAGUGAUUUAGCAGAGGCCGACAAGGAGAACAAGAACAUCACAUUUCUGACGGUGGGUUUAACAAACGAGACACAGACAGGUGCCAGCAUCUACCUUUAUACAGACGGCUUUCUUGUCAACGAGAACUUUGAGCCGCCUUCAAAGCCUGCAACAGUAACAGGAAGUGAUAUAAACCACAACAGUGUGACGCUGAACAUUUCUCCACCCAGAUUUGGAUCAGAGGACAUCACCUCCUACUCUGUUGAGUACUGUGUCAGUGGAGAGGACGACUGGAACCAGAAGACAGCAUCUAAACCUGAAGAAGUCACAGUGAGCGGCCUGAGUCCUAACACAGAGUACAUGUUCAGAUGCAGGGCAGCGACACCAGUAGGUGCCGGGCCAGCCAAUGAAGUCAGAGGAUCCAUUAAAACCUUACCCUGCAGCCCUCCUGGAAAACCCAACGUUGACUCUACCUCACGUGAGAUAUCAGUCAGCUGGGAGAAACCUGCUGAGCUCGGACAAGAUGUCCAGGUUUUGAGCUACAUCGUAGAGUACGCCAAACCAGACCAACAGGUGAAAGAGGAAGAUCUCCACUGGGAGCAAAUGAAGGCGGGAGCUGAGAAGGCGAUCAUUUCAGGACUUCAGCCAGAGACAGAAUACGCUGUCAGGGUCAGGUGUGAUUGUGGAGCAGCUGGAAGAAGCAAAGAAAGCAUUGCUGUUAAUGUCGGCACAACAAAACCUUCACAUCUCACAGAAUUCCUGAAAGGUAAAAGCAAAAGGAUCAAUUCUGAAUCUCCCUCAGUUUACAAACGGCUUCUGACAGAAGUAGGCGUGUGUGUGUGCGUGUGU